CAAAACUCGAACGAAGUAUUCUCCAUCGAUUUACAUCCAGCCUCAAGAAACGAGAAAGUAAGAAAGAGAUGAUCAAACAAGGGGCAAAUGUGGACUUACAGCCCCUGGACCUAAGAAACGGAAUAGCAGCAAUAGCCCUCCCUCACGGACUCGCUGCAGCGCCUUACCCACAUUCCUUUACGUUUAUUUCUUGAUGUCCAGACUACUACUGCAGGCAUUUGAACUUGGAAAUCGUCGGAGCCUACGGUCGCACUCGGGAGCAGAGCGACGGAAGCAGUCUUGUCGUGGUCGGGCCACGGCAUGCGGAUUGAUCGCUGAGAGAGGAAGAGAGAUGUGAAAUUGCGAUGCUUCGUAUGGUGGUCUGAACUUAAGGGAGGAAGAAAGGAAGCGCAGGGAGAAAGAGGCUGAGGAAAUUAAGAUUGUUUGGAAAGUGAAUGGGGAUGGCCGUGGAAAUGGAAGACGAGUAUGAAGAUGAAAUGCCUAUUUCGAAUCCUCUGCCACCUCCACCUCGUCCCGGUGGUGGCAAAGAUAGAAGAGAUCAGUAUGAUGAUGGAGAUGUCGACGGACGGCCUGCGAAUCUGUCAAACGCAGAUUUCAGGCGAAUGGUUAUGGAGACCCCUCGCAAAGGUGACGAGAAGGGAAAGGAUAAACCGCGCAGUCGCAUCAAACGUCUGGAGGUGGGCGAAGAAGAAGACGACAAGAAAAACCCGCGGAAAUUCAAGCUCAAAACAAAAGAGGAAGAGAAGCCUGAGGAUCCAGAGCAACCUAGAUACCGUGAUAGAGCGAAGGAGCGUCGAGAGGAUGUGAAUCCUGAUUACGACCACACUGCUGCUGAGCUUGGUUCCCUCCAUGCUGUUGCUCCUCCAGGCACAGUGGACUUGCGAACAUCUGAUGCUCACAGAAUCUCCAUCGAAAACAGCAAGUUUUUAGGAGGUGAUGUGGAGCAUACUCAUUUAGUGAAGGGUUUGGAUUACGCCUUACUUCACAAAGUACGUAGUGAGAUUGACAAACGACCGGAAGACCAGGAAAUUGCAGAUGAGGAAAGACGAAGACAACGCAAGGAAGAUCAGGCAUUGGCGUUCAGAACAGCGACAGCGAAGGUUAUAUUUCAAUGGACCGUGAAGCCUCAAACCACAAACAAGCUGAACGAAAUGUUCCUUCCAGGACGCACUGCUUUUGUUUUCGACAUGGAUGAGGAGUUUUCACAUGACAUUCCAACAACUGUACAUCGGAGCAAAGCCGAUUGCCCCUCACCACAGGAAACCGUCACGGUUGGUGUGGAUGGGACUGUAUUGGAGCGAAUUGCAAAAAUUAUGGCUUACCUUCGUCUGGGAGCGUCGGGCAAGCUCAAGAAGAAGAAGAAAGAGAAGGGGGAUAAUAGGGGAAGAAGCUCGAGUAUCGCCGAAGAAAACACUCUUGCUGAUGAGGCAGAGAAGGCUGCCCAGGCUAUGGGCAUAAACGGUUUCUCUAGUCGUCACCAGGAACAUACUAUGCUUCCGCCGCCUCCUCCGCAUCGAAGAUCCCAUUUUGACGGGGCUGAACAGCCAAGUGCGAUCAGUCGUCGAAAUAUCGAGGAUGAUAUUUUCGAGGACGCCGGAACAGAGUAUGCUACCACAAUUAAUGAGGGCAGUCCUCUUUCUGAGGAUAUGGAAGAAUCCCCAAGAGACGGCGAACGGAAUACUUAUUUCAGCGAGCCGGCAUAUGGACCUGCCCCUCCACAGCCAAUGGGCCAAGAGUGGCUCCAACAGGUUCCAUUCGACGAGAUGGCACCAGGACCAGCAUUGCCUUCCGCUUAUCCAACAGGAGAAUGGAACGAGUAUCCUCCGCCUCCUCCAGAGCAGUAUGUAGGGCCGUGGCCCCAGGAGCAGUACCAGUUCGGGGACGCGUACCCACAAGCAGCUGAAUUUGCUGCAGCUGGUCAGCUGGCAAUUAGGGAUCCGCGUUUUAUGACACAAGACGAGAAGGACCGGGGUCUUGGGUCUGUCUUCAAGCGUGACGACCAAAGACUGCAACAACGUCGAGAGCGUGAUGCGAGGGAGAAGGAUCCAAACUUUAUUUCAGAGAGCUAUUCGGAGUGCUAUCCAGGUUAUCAAGAGUAUAACCGGGAAAUUGUGGACAGUGAUGAGGACGAAGAUCUUACCAAAAUGGACAUGGGCGGACGGGCUAAAGGCCGGCUACACCGUUGGGACUUCGAGACUGAGGAGGAGUGGGCUACGUAUAACGAACAGAAGGAGGCGAUGCCCAAAGCAGCAUUUCAGUUCGGGGUGAAAAUGCAAGAUGGACGGAAAACCCGCAAACAGAACAAAGACCAGAAGCUGAAUAAUGAGUUACAUAAAAUCAAUCAGAUAUUAGAUAGGAAAAAGAAGGAUAAGUCUGGGGGCGGUGGGGGUUCAUUCGACGAUGACAGAGGUAAUGUUGAUGAUGAUGGUCAUCCUGGCAAGCGCCUGAGGGUGUAGAGGAUAUUUUUGGCUGCACCUCACAUUCAUGGCUCACCAACUAGCGCAUCGUGAUCAUGAUAUAGAGAGAUUUUCCCAAGGAAAUUUGAAAGUCGUUUAGAAAUUGCGGUCGUGACGAGGUGUACAAUUUUUAAGUACAACAUGUAAAGCUCGUUUGUAUUGUCCAACAACUCUCGCGCAUAUCCCGUUGGACCUCCAACGUACGACGUAAUCUUCGAGAAUGAAGAACUGUCUGGAGAGCCGACCAGUCUAAAGGUCAUGUGUAUAAGACAACCGCACUGUGGACGAUUAAGCAGCUAUUGUCGUCCAUUACUACCUUGAAACUCUAUCGUCUCACUGUUUUGUGUAGUACAACGAAAGAGCAGGCGGGACAAUUCUGAGAGUGGCAUUGAUUGUGAACAAGUAUCUGGGCUCAUUUUUUGACCAUGUGGUCCCAAUAAGCUUACCGGGGUUGCUGCGAUAUAUUAGCGAAGCCCCGUCCUUCCUUACACAACGUCCACGACGUCGUCAUCCUCGAACGAUGUUCAUACCAAGAAAGCAGGACACAAUAGCAUUUUGCAGUACAGAGGACAGUCGAGCAAACUUUCUGGACACGAACGGAAGAGCAGAUCCCAGAAGGACCCACCUCGUCAUACAGAACUGCAAGGGACCCACAAUCAUAAUGUGGAAACGACUCAAACUAGGAACGUGGAAACCCUGGGAGAGAAGAGGCAAGGCUAUCGCUGAAGCACGAGAACUGAUUUUUUAUACAUGCGAGGGAGGG